UCAUUCGAUUUGUUUUGAUUUUUUUUUUAAAUUUUUUUAUGAACUUAUGUAAACACUUUCUUCGGCUAGUUGCCGUUUUUGGAGUUGUCGGUGUAAUUUUUACUGUAGCAGCUUCUCCAUGUCAUUUGAGACCCUUCAAAGCCGGUCUGGUUUGUGUCUGCAACUCAACUUACUGUGACACUCUCGAAUUUAACGCGCCUCGCAAAAAUGGGAGCUUCGUACUUGUUUCUACGAGUGAACAAGGCUUGAGAUUCCAGAAAAAAGAAGGAAUUUUCGCCACGGAAACCGUCGUUGUCCAUGAUAUCAAACAAAAACGCAGGCAACGUUCUAGUCCGAAUGUCAUCGACUCUCGAUCGCUGAUAAAAUGGCUCAUGGACCGAUAUACGAGCAAUUCACAACCAACGACAAGAGCAUCCGAUACGGUUACCGUUAAAAUUGAUCACUCGAUAAAGUACCAACGGAUUGUCGGUUUUGGUGGGGCACUAACGGGAUCUGUGGCACAUUUGUUGAAUAACAUGAGCCCAGAAUUAAGAGACAAGGUGUUGGAGUCAUAUUUCUCAAAGGACACGGGAAUCGGUUAUUCGAUGGUCAGAACGAGCAUUGGAGGAUGUGAUUUCGAUUUAAAGCCUUGGGCUUAUAAUGAACUGCCGGAACAUGAUGCAAAAUUAUCCAAUUUCACAGAAUUAGAUGCUAGAGAUUUGCUGAAAGUGAAGAUUUUAGAGAAAAUAAACGAAAUUGCGAAAGAAGAAGUGAAAAUCAUGGCAGCUGCAUGGUCACCACCAAAAUGGAUGAAGACAAAUAAUGAAUGGACAGGAGCAAGUGCUUUAUUCUCGGAGUAUUACGGGACAUGGGCAGAUUAUCACAUCAAAUUUUUGGAGCUCAUGAAACAACAAAAUGUCUCCGUUUGGGCCAUCAGUACAGGAAAUGAACCGAUGAACGGUGCCGUAUUUUGGAUGGUUGUGAAGUUCAUGAGUCUCGGAUGGGCUCCGAAAGAGCAAGGAAUCUGGGUAGCCAAACAUUUGGGCCCAAAAUUAAAAGAAAAAUUUCCAAAUGUUCUGCUUUUUGCGGGAGACGAUCAACGAUACACUUUUCCACGAUGGUUUAACGAUAUGAAAGAAGGUAAUCCAGACUCCAUGAAAUACAUUGACGGCCUCGCCGUUCACUGGUAUUGGGAUAUGUUUAUUCCACCGGGAUCGACUAUCGGCAAAACCAAGAAGUUGUAUCCGGAAAAACUCAUUAUCAACACUGAAUCUUGCCUGGGUGACAAGCCAUGGGAUCAUCAUGGACCGGUUUUGGGCUCUUGGGGACGCGCCAUGGAAUAUAUUACUCCAAUAAUGCAGGAUUUACGGUACAACGUUAAUGGAUGGACUGAUUGGAAUUUGAUUUUGGACGAACAAGGAGGACCAAAUUACGCAAAAAAUUACGUAGAAGCACCAAUGGUCAAAAAUAAUACAAUUGAUGAAAUCUAUAAACAACCAAUUUUCUAUGUUUUGGGACAUUUUUCGCGAUUUAUUGUUCCUGGUUCAGUUCGUGUGCAGAGUACCAGUUCAGACAAAAGUUUGCUGGUAUUAGCAUUUGAGAGACCAGACGGAUUAACGUCAGUAAUUUUAUAUAAUUCUCACAAAUUACCAGUAACAGUCAAAUUGGAAGAUAAUAAGAACCGAAAUCAGGAAUUCUUUUUACCACCACAUUCGAUUCAUAGUUUAUUAUAUGCAUAAUUAGCAUAGAAAAGCAUUAAUUAACAAUAAAUUAAAUAAUUUUGUUACCUUUUUGAUAAAGUCCUAUAAAAAUGAGGAACAUUCAAUGAAU